GUUUGUUUCCGAACCAAAUCGAAACCGGAUAUCGCAACCCCAAAAUAACGACCUUACUUAGCUUGAUUCUGGCCUGCAUUCACACGGAAACUUUGGUAUAUCGAGAUAAUCGAGGGACAAUCAUGACAAUUGUGAACCAGACGUUGGCUUGGCUACGUUACACAAGUUGGAUAACAUUAACGGUACUUAUUACAGGUCCACAGCACAGUCGAGUCGUGGCGUGAACUACUAAAAUGCUAAGAAAUCUGAAAAUACCAUUGUAAAGAAUCUGGAACAUUACCAUGGCAAAUCAAGGAUAUGACUAUAACAGUUGUGUGCCACUCCGGUCUCCGCUACCAAGGAAAGACCGCUCAUCUUAUCCUGAUGACACAUUCAUGGAUCAGAGAAUAGUUGAUCUUCACUACAAACUAGAGCAGAAAAUUGAAAAUGAUUCCAAGAACAGGAUGAUUAGAGUUGUGUUAGUCAUGUUCGAGACUCUGUGUUUGGAAAUUAUUCAAUCGGAUUGGAAAGAUUCAAGCUUGAUGUUGGUUUAUAUGAUUGUGCCUGUACCACAAAUAUUGUUACAAAAUGAAGAGGCAUGUACAGAUACUGUCCAAAUGCGUGCAUUGAAAGAUGCUAUCGGGAUUCUCUUCCGAUAUGGUGUAAACCUAUUGAAACCUGAUGUUACAUCAAGCUCAACAUGGAGAGUGAUCAGCUUCGACAAUCCAAUGUACAACUCAAGAGUUUCAAUCCUGAAGGGUCACCAAAAAAUACUAUCUCUUUAUGGGUACACCAAAGAAAUGAGCUAUGGAUUGAGCUACCCAGAUGCAUCGCUUUCUCCAAAUACUGAAACUGUUGCAAAGGUCGCUGCAGAUUUGGCAAUUGCAUACUUUGAAAUUGAUUUGUACAUUACGGGCAAACAUCAAUUCCCAAGAAGAAUUGACAAUUGGCUUAUUCUACAUGGAACGCAAUUCCCUAAUAGGACAAAAACGUUCAACUACUCUCAUAAACAUUUUCCCACCACCCCUCCAAGUUAUGGAAGCUACAGCUCUAAGAAUUUGCUUCCAGAUGAGCCCAUAAUGCAACAGACAAAAAGAAGUGCAGCUAUUCCACAUGUUAAAAGUAGUUACCCAGUGCGCGAACCUGAGGACUUACCUAAAGUUUUGACUGCAAGUGUUGGACAAGAGAAGCAGUCUAGCAUAGAUGAUGUAGCAGGGAAAACACUAUUGCCACAACAACCAUCCCAAUCAAUGCCAUUUUACAACCAAGUGAAUAUCAAGUUGACAAAAUGCGGUAUCUGCAAGCAGAACCCGGCAAACAUGAGAUGCAAUGUGUGCUCCCAGCCUCGGUGUCAGCGUUGUGAUGAGCUAUGGCACAAACAUCCUCAGAGACAGGGCCACAAACGAGAGCCGAUCAUUCUGGAAGAACUUGGUGAAUAUCCAAAGGCAUCAGAGCCUGCUGCAGACAUUCCAAGAGACUCCAGAGCACGUGCACUUCCUGUAGUCAUUGAUAAGGCGGCCAUCAGGAAGGCCCAUCUGCCAGGAGGCAGUGCUGCAAGGACAGAUAACUUGUCUCCGCUUCCAGAAGAACCCUUGUCCAGAAAUACAAUGGGACCAGCCAGGACCAAUGACCUAUCAGACUCGCUGCCACUCCUACAGGGCAAGAAGCUCAUAGCGGAAACUUCUUUGGUGAACUGUGACUUCUGCGAGACAAAGCCAGGAAAGAAGAGAUGCACAUCGUGUGGGGAAACAUACUGCCUGGAAUGCGAUGACAAACGACACAGCAAUCAACACAGAAAGAAUCACAUUAGACAGGAUGUAACACAGAUUAUUCGACCAGGAAAUUUACCUAGCAAUCAGAACCUUGAUUCAAUGGUAUCAAGCUACUAUUCAGCCCCUGGGGUAGGUUGUGAUGAUGCCUCUUUCAUCAACAGCGAGGAAGGUCUGGAUCUCAGAGCACCUCCUCAUGACAGGUAUCUACAGCCAGUGGAAAAGGCCACUGUGGAUUCGGGUGUCCAUACUGAGCUAGGACACAAUACACCCCAAACUAAGGAAUCGCCCAGUGAAUUCAUACCUCAUUUACAAGGUGAAGGGAUGGCACCACAGGGUUCAUCUGGAGCUGUUCAAGAAACCAAGUUCCAAGAAGAACUUGGCAAGAUUACUGCUGAAGACAUUACUACCAUGGAGAAAUUAUUCAGUGUGCGAGGUCUCAGAGAAAGUGAAAUGGAUCCGGGUAAGAAAGCAGCGCUGUUGCGAGAAGAGCAAGAACUCACAAGGAAGCAUGAAGAGUUUCAGAGGAAGUUGAAAGCACUUCAAGGUCAGUCAUCAGGCACUCCUGGCACAAGUCCACUAGGUGUUCAAAGUGGUGCUGCAGUUACUGUAGGAUCAGCAGGGGCUGCGAAUACAGUGGUACCUCAAGGUAUGGUGGUUUCCUCUGUGACUUCAGCAGGCAACAUGACUCCAUCAGUCAGUCCUGUAAAGAUCAGACAAAAGUUCCCAGAUGCUGCUGAACCACAAGAGCAGAACUCCAGAGACAUUGUCCAGGGUGAUCAAGAAGAAGGAUGGACCUGUCAACACUGCACUUUCCUCAACACUAACAUGGAAUCAAACAUCUGUGAAGUGUGUGACAAAACAUCCUUCCCCAAUGCCAAGAUCCAGCAAAAGCAGAAACCGAAGGGAGCAAAAUCUGAACAGUCAAAUCCUGAAGUGAAGGUCCAACCUCUAACUAAAGCAGAAACUAGGCUAAAGAAUGCAGAGUAUUUUCAGCAGCUAGAGGCCGAGAUGUUGGCUGAGAAACGGCAAGCCAAACAAGAAUUCCACAGCAAACCUGAAAGCUUCCAAACUGAGUUGGCCAUUCAGGAACCAAAGAAAACUGUUGCAAAGUCCAAGCCACUCUCGGAUACCGACCUCCUGGAGAUCGCCCAGGCAAUCCCUACCAGUUACUUCACCAAGCUUGGAUUUGAACUGGGGUUUUCUCACAAUGAAUUGAGGAGACUUCAAGUGAAGGAUCCAAGGGGCAUUAGUGGGGGAGCCACCUUUGAAAUGCUGAAGAUGUGGACAGGCGAUGUGAGGGGUCAGGAGCAAAGACCAAAGCUGAAGGAGGCCUUGUUGAAUGCAGGACUACGUGCCUAUGUUGAGUUCCUUGACGAAAACAGAUUUAUUCGAGAUGAACCCUUGGUAUCUUCUCCCAGACCAAAAGCCACGGGUAACGUGUCAAGCCGACCAAGCAGAAUGUUCGCACCCAGUGGAAUGACUUCUGAUGCAGUCUCUGAUAAAGAACUCAUGCAACUCGCAAGGAUGAUUCCAGUCUCAAAGAUACAUGAUCUUGGGUUCAAUCUUGGGUUCUCAUAUCAGGAAGUACGAUCCCUCAUGCAGUAUAACAGGAUGGAUUCAUAUCAUGCCAUAUUUAAUAUGCUGCAGGACUGGAAAAUGCGGACCUCGGGUCAGCACCGAAAGUUGAACUGUGCCCUGAUUGAGUCUGAAUUAGGUGGUCUGACCUUAUCCGAGCCUGUUCCAUCACCAAAUGAUGUAACCAAGCAACCUAGAGGCAUCACAGACAUGGAGUUGCAGGAGUUGGCUGACUCUCUGAAUGCUUCCGAUAUCAGGGAGCUUGGGAUGUAUCUAGGGUUUGGUAUGGCAGCUAUAUCUCGCUACCAGCAGCAAGCGGCCAUGGGGUCUCCCAGGGAAGGAACGGUCAAGAUGCUCCAGGACUGGAUAGAACAAGAACCUGAGAUCGACCACAGGGAGUGUCUUGCCAACGUUUUGGACCAAAUUGAUUGUAUGCGCCUUGGAGAGAAGAUCAGGACAUAUUCAGAAUCUACUCACCAUUUUGACACCUUUGAAGAGAGCCUACAGCAGCAGUUGUCACAUGCCACUAGUUUUGGCGAUCUGUCUUAUGUAAAGGAUGAGGUCAAGAUGAAAUAUGAAGAGAAGCGCACGGCAUCGUUAAAACUCAUCGCUGAACUAAGGGAGGCUGAAUCUCAAGGAAUACUUCCUGGACACAUCAAGUGCGCCCUCUACUUGAUGGAGGAACAAGGCGAUGACCUUGCUGACCCGAUAGCCUGGAUUGAUGCAAACUGGACAAAUGUCAUCAAUGAUCUUGCACAAAAGGCUACCCAGGAACUCAAGGAAAAUCUUGAAGUGGAUGUCGACAAAAGGAUAAUUGAUCUUGUCCAGUUGAGUGUGGAGUCAGCAGAGAAAUGCCUUGAGGAUUGCUCCGGAAACAUACAGGAAGCUGUCAAAGACUGCACUCAGACGAUACAGGAAAAGAUCCUAGAAAUCCAAGAAGUUGGUUGCUACUCUGUGGAUGACAUUGUUGCCAUUUUGAAGCAGGCCGAUGUUAGGGGUGAUCCUGAGAAGGCCCUUGAUGCCCUCCAGGCCAAGGCCAUGGCUGAGUAUGCAGACAGGGUCUGGAAACCAAUGCAUGGAGACGACAAUGAAUACUUCCAACAGGCUAUCAAAAAUGAUGAUCGCUCUAUUAGGAUGUUGAUGGUUGAAUAUAACAUGUUCAGCUGGGGCCGCGCCCAGACCGCGGCUAAGCUGAUCAUACGCAGAGAGUUUUCGGUGGAUGACGUGGUGACAGCUGCAGAGGAAUGCGGAGAUCUUCGACGUUCAGAAGAGUUCUUAAAGCAACAAUGUUCUGUCUGCUUUGAUGAUUUACCAAGAAACAAGCUGAUAUCGUUGAUCAAUUGCCAGUGCAUGAUGUGUCGGGGUUGUGUCAUCCAACAUUUUGAGAUCAUUGCCAAGGACCAGAGUAUCAUGAAAGGAAAAUGUCCGACAUGUGACCAACCUGACCUAGAUGAUCCUGCGGUGGCAGCAAAUUAUUUUUCAUUCCUGGAUAUACUUCUACGGGAGAUGCUGACUGCUGAAGUGUUUGAGCUAUUCCAGAGGAAGCUACGGGACUGGAACCUGAUGCAGGAUGAAAAUUUCUGCUGGUGUGCUCAUUGCAAUUCUGGCUUUAUCAACGGAGCACCAGACAGGCGCAAGAUGCGAUGCCCGGAAUGCAACAAACUGACGUGUUUCCACUGCAGGAAGCAGUGGAUGGAACAGCAUGAGGGAAUCAGUUGUGAGGCCUUCCAGCAAUGGAAGGAGAACAACGACCCUGAUCUACAAGCACAGGGCCUGGCUGCUCAUCUUAAUGAAAACGGCAUUGAGUGCCCUCGUUGUAAGAUGAGGUAUGAGCUGGCCAAGGGAGGAUGUAUGCAUUUUAAAUGUCCACAGUGUACUUUUGAAUUCUGCUGUGGAUGCAAUCAACCAAUUAAAAGAGGAGAAGCUUGUGCCAAGUUUGCUUCCUGUCUCAACAGGGGUCUCCAUGCUCACCAUCCAAGAGACUGUCUGUUCUAUCUCCGGGAUGAGGAUAUCGCUUAUCUCCAAAAUAUUCUUGAAGAUGAAGGAGUGGAGUUCAACAAGGAACCCCCACAAGGAGCUGAGGAGAAUGAGGAGGGAAAAUGUGGAGUCCAGGAGCAGAAAGAAGGCCCUAAUGGCCUGGAAGAUAAUAAGUGCGGGAGGAAUGUCACACCCGGGAAUGCUGGCCUCUGCAGGAUUCACUACAUUGAGUACCUGGUUGGAUUGAUCAAUGGCAAAAACAUUGAUCCUUCCAAGAAUUUCCCAAUCGCACAGCUUGAGGUCAUUUUGAACCGUGAAGAGAUAGCAGUUCCGAUUAGGCGGCCAGGGGAAGCAGAUCCUGAUUAUAGGAGGCGUCUGCUUCAGGAGGUGCAAACUAAACUUCCUUUAAAAAAAUUAUCAAGAGACAGAGCAAGAUGAAGGAAAGAAACAUCGACAUUCUACAGUGAAGAAAAAGAGAAGCAUAAUAGGAGAAGAGAAGAAUGUAAGCAUAGGUGAAGAAAAUAGGUGAUAUUGGAAGUGGAAUGCAACUUGCAUUACACUUUCAAGAUGGCAGAUGAAGAGCCCAUGACAUGCCUGUUGGAUUGCUCAAGGAACGCAUGGAGUGCAUGCACUCUGCAUGCAAAGAUGAAGCUGGAGGGAGGAAGACGGAUUCAUGGACGAUUGUUGGUGAGUUUCAGGGAUGCUGAGGAGAUGGGGGAAGAGCUUUGGGACAGUCGGAGGCAGCUGGGGAGUGGUGGUAGGGAUGAUGAAGGUUCAGACUGGAGGGAACAGAGAAGGUUCGUGGGAAGAAGAUGGAGUGGUCUAGAAGCUGUGGAAGUGAUGGGGAUCAGCGGGUGUACAUGUAUAGGAAAGGAAGGGAAAAUGAUUGAUCGUCAGAAGAUGCUAGAUCAUCACCGGAGAAAAAUGGAUGAAAGUACUGGGUUAGAGAGAGCAUGAAAGAUAACUUUGGCAAGGAGGAGAGUUCCAGAAGGUGCCGGAUUGAGCAGAAUCGAGGAUUAUGAUGUUCAAGGGAUACACUAGAAAGAUGAAUAGCUUUAGAGAAGCUAGAGGAGGAGAUAAACAUAAGGCACAAAGUCCCCAGACUCCUGAGAUACCGAAAAUUACAUUUUCCUGGAAUUUCCAGAAAAGCGCAGAAUUCAAUGAAUUCCAUGGAAACACAAUUUUUCAUACCCAAAAUUUAAUUUUAGAAAAUGCAGUGAAAAUUGUGAAAAUCAAAGUAAAAUCCAAUGCAACAAAAAACCAUGUAUCAGUGCAAAAUCUACCAAUGAGAUCUAUAUGGGUUGUUAAGACUGUGUUCACAAAGCUUUACCUGCAUACUGCUGUGCUUGUUUGUAUAGGCCUAUAAUGGAAAAUUAACAUUAUGCUGAGAUUUCACUGUCUAGGCCUACAAUUACAUUAUCACAUGUUUUGUGUCGCCGAAGGGCACAGACAUUGCAUUUUAGAACACAGAAUUUUGGGGACUUUAUGCUAAUGGUCUGAGGUGGUUCUGGAGAAUGGUAAUGAUUCCAACAAAAUGGGACUGGAAAAAAGGGGUCAUUCAAGGAUCCAAGUAUGACACUAACAAGAGAAAUGAGAAAAAAUCAUGCUAGACAGACGGUCUUUAAUGACUGCCAGUCCAGUGAUCUCAACUUUCAGAGGGUAGAAGAAAGUAGCUCUAUUACUAUAAUCAUCUCACUUUCUACAAAUUCAUUUGAAUAUGUACGGAGUAUUAUCUUUGAUUAUCAAAAAAAUAUAUACGUGAAGUAUAAUAUCAUCAUUUGAGAUUUAUAUUUUAUCUCAAUUUAACAACAGAAAGUGACUAUAAACUACUUUUAACAGGACUGAUAACUAUUCUUUAUAAUAGUAUAAUAUAUCAAUAAUCGUGUAAUGUACUUAUUUUACCAUAAACUCAUUCAAACAGAAACAUCUUAAAUCACAGUCAUGAAUUUGAAUCAGUAAAAACAAGAAGGUGUGAUAAAUUAAUACUUGUUUUUUUAAUGAAAUUCAUCAGAGGAACUAAAGAAACAAUUAUAAAAGUGAUUUGCAUGCUGACAAUCAUGACUUCAUUUUAUCAGUUUUGUUUAGUUUCAUUUACAAAUUGACUAGCAAGCUUUCAUGGUUUUUGUGCUAUAGAAAAUUGAAAUAUGCGUCUUUAUAGAUCUAUAUGACAUUAAAUAGAUUUUAACCCCCCCCCCAAAAAAAAAAAAAUGUUAAGACACUGUAUAUACACGUUCUUUAAUUAGAACAAAAACCUAUUCUUUCCAUGAAAUACAUGCAAAAUAUUCUCCUCUAAUUGUGCUUUUAUAGAACUAUUAUGAAAUAUGAAAGAGAUACACUGCUAUCCAACAUAAUGAAGACUUUGGUAUACACUCGCGUGACUUGGAUACAUGUUUUAUAAAUUAAGACAUACUCUUUAGUGAUGAGUUGAUGUUAAUGGAGAACGUCAUUAGGGUAUGUGAUGUUCAAAUUUGCUCUAUACUUGACUUUUGACUUUUUUUUUCUUUUCUUUUUUUACCUACCGGUAGAUCACACUUACCUUUUCCAUCUAAUUAAUCAAAAUGAGACAAAAUGAAAAAAAAAAUGAUGGUGUUGUACACCAUUCUGGAAUUUGUCAAGUGUAUGCUUGAAUAUUUUGUCUAAAAUUCUUGAAUUAAACAUUCAUGAAAAAAUUAAGUAUACUUGAAUUUGAAUUAGAGCAAAAAUACAAUAUUCUGAUUAAAUAUAUAUUGAUUGCUGAGGAAGCCAUGUUAUUAAUGACACAAGUUUCAAAUGAUUCAUGUUUCUAUGUGCUUCCUUUCUAAGAAGCCGUGUUUAUUUUAUUGAUAUUUUUAUAUACGGAGUUGUCAUGGAAAUUCAGCAUGACACAUGAAUGGGACUUUUACUUCUAAAUAAGAGGUAAAUGCUGAAGUCUUACAGGAAUUGUGCUCUUCUGAAAGAAAUGACAAGCUGUCAGAAAAUUAUCAGCAAUCUGGUGGAUAGUUCCCCUUUUCUGAUCAUUCAACCUCUUAAUGUUUUUCACAUUGCAAAGAAAAAAAUCCAUUUUUUAGGAACCUAUUUACUGGGGGCAUACCAAUAAUGUCUUCAUCAUAAAUGGUAAUCUAUUUGGAAUCGGCAGUCUGGUUGAUCCUUAUCUCUUUCAUCAAUUUCAAUUCAACAUAAAUGUAUUAUCAUCAUGCCAAGAAAUAAUGUAUUGUACUCGAAACAUUUUUUUCACCCAUUAGGGCUUACAUGUACUUUCCUUAAUAUUCUCUAUAUAUUAACAAUGAAAUGCAUGUAGUAUUUCAGUCACAUUUACCAGCUUCUGAUGUGAACUGUGACUUGAUUUUGUAAAAAGGAUUGUCCUGCAUCGGUUGCAGUUGUAUUGAUUAAAAUGAUGAAAUACAUGUGAAUAAAACUCACAAAUGAUAUUUAGAUUUGAAUGUGAGAAUCAUUCUGUAAUGGUUCAAGGAUUUUUAUUUUUUUAUGUGCCUCUUCAUCACAUCCACAAACUAAACUUGUUUCCUGCAAUAAUUCUGUGGUACUAUUUCAAAAGUUUGUAGCAAAUGUUAAAUCUUGCCAAUCAUUUCCAUGCUAUACUGCCUUAACACAUCACAAGACAAUGCAAUAGUCCAUAAUCAUAUGUGCCAUUUUCUUCCAUGUACAAGAAUUGGCCUUGAUUUCGUCAACCAGAGCUCUAGAGAUUCAUAUUUGUAUCAUUUUUUUCUUAAUAUUAGUUUUAUGUUUUGUGUAUCACUAUACAGCAAACUUUUCAAUUAUGAGAAAUUUGCCACAACAAAUAUAUCGAUAUGCUGCAAGUACUUAGUAUAACCUAAAUCUUGCAUAAACAAGAUACAAUGCAAGAGUUAAAUAUAUACAAUGAGUUAUUAGUUAUAUGCAUUACAUUUAAGUGUUAUUGAAUUAUUAUUAUGCCAUUUUGUUCUAUUAUAUCCUAUUUUAUUGUCUUUUUAUUAUACUAGAUUAUCCUUUAAGUAUAUUGUUAUUUUAUAAUGAACAUGUACAUUUUCUGCUUAAAAUGGAAAAAACAUAUAGGAUAUCUACAAAGUACAAUGUAUACAACAUGUGCCAGUGCUAAGUCGCACACUGUGAAUUAUGUCAGGUGUAAAUUUGUAUAUAGAACAAUUUAUUUCAUGUGUUAUGGAAAAUUUGCAAAUUCCAAAAGACUGUACAUAACAUGACUGACUUUAUAAAUGAUUCAUUUGAUAUCUGGAAUUGAUCUCAUAAAGAGAACACUCAAAGCAUGUGUAACCUGUACAUACAUACAUUUUAAAAGAUUGUAUUACUCUGUUUGCCAAAGAUUUCUAAGCCAGUUUGGCUUUUAUUUUGCUUUGUAGGGCCAUUCUUUUUUCAUGUGACACUUUUGGUCACACGCAGAACCAUCUAAUUUUGAUCAUUGAGGGUAAUUGAUAUAUAUCUCCCUUAUAAAAAAAACAUUUAUUUCCUAUUGAAUAGACAUAUUAUUACUAUUUCUAAAUACUCAUUUGUAAUGGUCUUCCUAGACCUAGUUUCACUCAUGACCAACAUAUAUAUUGUAUUGUCUCUAAAACAGAAGAUUGACCACUAAAAUGGUCAAGUGAGUAAUUAAUUUUGACUUGGAUUGCACAGGAUUCUCACGUAAAAUGUACCGGUGAGAGUGUAAUGAAAAUCUAAAGUAGGUGACGUUUUAUACUGAACAAGACAAAUACAGAGAAAAACGGGAUUAAAUAAAUAAUUUUGAUCAGGACUUUGGUCAUGUGACUAAGAAUGGCUCUAAAUGGCGUUGAAUUACCAAUUAAUGGGAGGCAGUGAAUGGAAAGAAGGACAAUUUGCCUCAUACAAAUAUCUGCCAAUAUAUUUCCAAAUUUUGAUUCAGGUUCCUUAUUUGAAUGUGAAUACAAGGACCACUGUAUAUACUAUACAUCCUGUGAACAUCAUGAUAUUUUAUAAAUAUGUUUGAUUUUUUCUUCAAGAAGCAAUUAGAAAAAUUGUAUGUUGUAUAUUUCUUUUUUUUUUCAUUCACUUUUCAUGUGUAAAGCAAGAAGUGAAAAGUUCAGUCUCUUUUUAUAUUCAUGAUGUUCCUCUUGUAAAGGUGUAUUAGUGCCAUCGCAUCAUAUGUGUAUACAUGUAUAUAACUAUAUUAUCCAUUUGGAAAAAAAUAUGGAAAACAGCUAGAUACACAAAAGUAUAUAAGUAUGGAU